AUGGCAGCUGGAGAGUCCCUUCCCGUAGCAGGCGCCUUCGUCAGCCGGCAGCAGGCAGAGGAUGACGAGGAUUUGGAUAAGACCUUGUCAAUCCAGAGGUUCGGGGACCUGAUAAGCAAGUCAGCGUCACGGGAUCUGGAGGAGCAGAGACGCAGCUACAAUGAGAGAGAUUUUGAAUUCCACCGCCAGACCUCCCACCACAUCCACCAUCCCCUCUCCACCCACCUGCCGCCUGCCCUCAAGUUCCACAAGAGGCUCCCUCAUGCCAGCCGGAGGAAGAGGAGAAAGAGAAAAAAGAAAAAAACCUCGGUGCCCCCCUCAGACGUCACUCCCACCAUCCAGGAAGUGGAGGAGGAGGAGGGGGAUGAAGAGGAGGAAGGAGAGUCGGAGGCAGAGGAGGCCCUGGAGAGAGAGGUCUCACCAGAGUCUGAGACCGAGGCUCCUGAGAAGGAUGCUCCUCAGUCUGAGCUUCCCCGCAAACCAAAGUUCACCAUUGGCAGUGACGAGGAGCCCUGUGCUGCUGGGGCCCUUGCAUGGUUCCAUGUGGAGAAGGAGCACAGCGGCCUAUCCCGACUGCCGCCCCACGCUGGCCUGCUGCUGGAGACCGGCCCGGCCUCGCUCGGCAGCCUCCCCGGGCCCAGAGGGGGUCUGUCUCGGGGAUGGGACAGGCACAAGUCCUGGAGCCAGCUGGUGAGCGGGCAGCGGGCGAGUUACGACCUGAAGGAGCGGGUAUGCAUCGGCAGCAUGACCACUCUGGAGAGCACCGUGUACCAACGCGUCCCCACCGAUGAAGCCGAGGCCCAGAUGCUGGCGUCUGCUGACCUGGACGACAUGAAAAGCCACCGCUUUGAAGAUAACCCUGGUGUGAGGCGGCAUCUGGUGAAGAAACCAUCCAGGAGCCAGAGCAUCAGGACCAGCAGGAAGAUGGUGUCGACCCCGUCCAUCAAGAAGAAGAAGAAGAGGAGACAGCGGGACAGAAGGCCGCAUGAGGUGUUUGUGGAGCUGAACGAGCUGGUGACGGAGAAGAACCAGGACAUGCACUGGAAGGAGACAGCCCGCUGGAUCAAGUUUGAGGAGGACGUGGAGGAGGACACAGCGCGGUGGGGGAAGCCUCACGUAGCCUCCUGCUGGAGCUCAGGAAGACCAUCGCCCACG